AUGGCGGGCGACAUUGAACUGCUCAGUGGCCCCGUCACGUUGUCUGCCGCGAAAGCGAAGGCUCGCAAUGUGGUCCACGCCGCCCAGUACCCCGAACAAAAACGAGCGUUCUACGAACGAUUGGAGGGACAGCGCGACAGAAUCCGCGCUGUGGUCAGUCAUCACCUGGGCGUACUCUCUUCGCAAUGUGUCGUUUCCUCGCAAGCAUACUGGCGACACGGAUCCUUCAAUCUCUGCGUGCCCGUUGCCGUCUCGACGCAAUAUGCAUUCGUGCCAGAGUUCGUCAUGGUCCGGCUUCCACUCCCAUACCGCACUGGAGAAGCGCAGCAACCCGGCAAUGCCGACGAGAAGCUGAGGUGUGAGGCCGCCGCGUAUGCCUGGAUCCAGCAGUUUUGCCCCAAGGUGCCUAUUCCUCAGCUAUAUGGUUUCGGCUUAUCGUCCGGUCAGCGGUUCACUCGCUCUGACUUUCUCCCUUGGUGGUCACGAUGGGUCCAGCGAGCUCGCUGUUCCAUUCUCGCGCUCUUCGGCUUGCCGCUGCCAUCCCACUAUGUUGGGCAUCCCGCCCGCCACGUCCCAAGGCUGGAGACGGGCUACCUGAUCAUUGAACUGAUACCCAACGCCGAAAUGCUCUCGGAGACUUGGAAGGAGAAACACGAUGAUGCAAGCCUGCAAGGAAAUCUCUGCCGCGAUCUGGCCCGAAUCAUCCUCUCCCUCGCCAGCAUUCCACUACCUCGCAUUGGAGCUUUCCGGCUCGACGAUAACGGCUACUUGCACCUGGACAAUCGGCCUCUUAGCACGGAAAUUGUCAUGCAGGAGAACGAGGGCAUACCCGUCGAAAUUUUUCGAAAUUCCACGUUUUCAACUGUCGACGAAUUCAUUUUGAAGCAAUUGGCAUUGUUCGACACUCGCACUGUCCACCAGCCAAAUGCCAUAGAAAGUAACGGUGAUGGGUACCGCCAGAUGUCUAGCCUCGCUGCUGCAAGAGCCGCCUUCCCGCAGAUGUUCCGACAGGAUCUUCGUUCUGGCCCGUUCGCAUUCACUCUGACGGAUCUACACCCCAGCAACAUCAUCGUGGACGAUGAGUGGAAUAUUAUCAGCAUCAUCGACCUGGAAUUCUCUUGUUCCUGGCCCUUGGAGUUCCAGCAGCCGCCAUACUGGCUAGGAGGCGAAUUCGUGGACGAACUAGAUCAAGAGACUUUCGGCCCGAGGCACGAACAGUUCGUUCAAGCGCUGGAAGCACAAGAGCGGCUCUUAGGUCGCAGUGGUGUCAAAUCUCUGUCGUCUAUCAUGCGAGAAGCGUGGGCAAGCGGCACGUUCUGGAUAACGCUUGCCUUCAUGGAUCCCAUCGGCUUUACGGACAUCUUCCACGACCGCAUAGUGCCUUAUCAUCUUUCCUACAUCACAGAAGAGGUUAAAUUCAACGACUUUUGGUUCUUGGCGAGUUUGUGGCGUCCCAAUGAUGCCGGGUUCUUGGAGAGAAAGCUCAAAGAUCGAGAGCGCUAUUUGGAAGAAUUGGAGACUCUCGCCGGAAAUGAGGAAGGAUCAAAGAUGGCUUUGAAUGGCGGCACCGCAAAGACCUGA